GGGCGGGCCAUAGACAAAAUCCUGCCUAUCAGAUAGAGGAGGGCGGGGCUCAGGAGCCGGGAAGGAGGGAGCAGACGAGCCAUAGACACAGAGGGAGAAAAGGGAGCGCAUGUGAGAGAAGGAGGGAGAGGUAGAGGUAGACAGAGAGAUGCAGUGCCACACUGUCUGUGUCCGUGAAGCUGUCUACAGCAGAACUGUUCAUCAUCUGGUAAGGGAUCAUGUCACCUCGUGGAGUGUCAGCGCACAGAUUGGUUGCAGAAGCAGGCAAUGCAGAUAGAGGCUACCCUUGAGCUGGAGUCAAGAGCCAGCAGUGGCACUCUGGACCUGUAGGAAUUACAACAAACCAACACAAGAACAGCAGAGCCCAAAACGGAUCCAGCAAACCACCGAACUGAGGACUGGAUGCCUCAAAACACCUGAACUUUUGGAUUCCUGGUCCAGACCUGCACCAGAACUUUUGAAGAGCUGCUACAGUCCCUGUACUGUGCCAUAAUUCAAACAGGUACUUGGUUUGGGUGAAACUUGACAGGCAUACCAAACACAGACAGCGGUGUACAAAGUUACUACUGCAACCAAACUAGACUUAGUCACCCAUCCAGGAGCCCUGGACCCAGUCUAACCUUGGGCCGGCCGUUCCUUGACCCCGUCCUGGUUCCAGCAGAACGGCACAGCAUGUCUCAGGCCGGAGGACGGGUCCACAACAAAAAGGCCGGCAUUCGUGCGGCCGUCAUCCUGAUCGGGCUGCUGCACAAGUCUCGCAGGGCCAAGGAGAGAGAAAGGGAGAGGGACGAGAGUGAACGGAAACAGGAGCUGCUGACCAUCUCCAACGUCCCUCUGGGAGAAUGUCCCCCCUCACCGCCCCGCACUGCACCACCCAGCAUGAAGUCGGCAGAGUUUUUCGACAUGCUGGAGAGGAUGCAGGAUGACUAUAUCCCCUACCCACGGAUAGAAGAUGUCCUGGAGAAGGGGGGUCCGUACCCCCAGGUGAUCCUGCCCCAGUUCGGGGGCUACUGGAUCGAGGAUGUGGAGGCACCAGCGGGGACACCCACCUCCUCCGAGUCCAGCUUCUGCGAGGAUGAGGAGGGAGGGGGAGGCAUGAGCCCCAGCGGGGGGUUCGGCUACCGCUUAGAGUGUAACAGCACGGCCCGCGCCUACCGCAAACAUUUCCUUGGCAGGGAGCAUAUGAACUACUACUGCACUGGCAGCAGUAUAGGCAACCUCAUCAUGUCUCUGAAACACGAAGAAGCCGAGGGACAGGAGUUCCUACGUAUCAUGCUCAGGUCGAGAGCUAAGACGGUCCAUGACAGGAUCUCUCUAGCAGGCCUCAACCAGCUGCCCAGUGUUCCCCAAAUUGCAAAGCUUCUGUGUGAUGACGCCACAGGGCUGAAGUUCAACCCAGUCCUUUACCCACGGGGCUCCCAGUUGAUUGUGGCUUACGAUGAACAUGAGGUGAACAACACCUUCAAGUUUGGAGUCAUCUACCAGAAGUUUGGACAGACAUCAGAGGAGGAGCUGUUUGGGAAUAAUGAGGAGACACCAGCCUUCAAAGAGUUUCUUAGUGUCCUGGGAGAAAAUAUUGAGCUUCAGGACUUUAAGGGGUUCCGCGGUGGGCUGGAUGUUUCUCAUGGACAGACGGGCACUGAGUCCGUCUACACCGUGUUCAGACAGCGAGAGAUCAUGUUCCAUGUGUCGACCAAGCUCCCGUUCACUGAGGGAGACAUCCAGCAGCUCCAGAGGAAGAGGCACAUAGGAAAUGACAUCGUGGCAGCAGUCUUCCAGGAGGAGGCCACGCCUUUCGUACCUGAUAUGAUUGCCUCCAACUUCCUACAUGCCUAUGUACUGGUACAGGCUGAGAACCCCUGCACAGAGCACACAACAUACAAGGUGUCUGUUACAGCGAGGGAGGAUGUGCCUCCUUUUGGACCGCCUCUCCCAAACCCAGCUGUCUUCAAAAAGGGUCCAGAGUUUCGAGACUUCCUGCUGACAAAGCUGAUCAAUGCUGAAAAUGCCUGCUACAAGUCUGACAAAUUUGCCAAACUAGAGGGUCGUACGCGAGCUGCAUUGCUGGACAAUCUUCACGAUGAGCUGCACAGACAGAGCCAGGCCACACUGGGGUUGGGCCAGGUGGGAGAGGAGGACAAGCUGGAGAACGGGGGACACGGUGGUCUGCUGGAAUCCUUCAAGAGGGCCAUGCGUGUAAGGAGCCACUCUAUGGAGACCAUGGUGGGGUCUCACCGCCACAGGAGCCCUGGGGUAGGAGGAGGGGUCCCGGCCAGCCUCAGCGGAGGAGGAUUGCCCCAGAGCACAAGUGAAUGCACAAAGAGCACCUUUACUCCUCCUGUGUUGUCAGCCAAGUCUCCUCUGAAAAGCCCAGUGAAACGGCGCUCAGGUCUCUUCCCUCGUCUCCACUCCAGCACAGAAACUCCGUUGGACAGACACACACGCAGCGACCAAAAGCCUCCAGAGUUCUGCCCGCUGUCACAGGAAGUGAGAUCAGAGACAUCGUCCAAUCCCAGCUCGCCCGAGAUCUGCCCCAACAAAGAGAGGCCGUUCAUCAAACUGAAGGAGUGUAGCAGCGGCAGGCCAAACAUCUCCCGCUCCUCGUCCAGCACCAGUAGCUUCAGCAGCACCACAGGAGAAACAGAAGUCCUGGAGGAACUGGAUACGGCCAGCCAUCCCUCUACAGUCUCCUCUACAGUCUUUAGCCCCGCCCUCAGUGUUGACAGCCAGGCGACAGGUACCCCUGUCAUCAUGUGCCGCAGUCCCACGGAUGUGAAGAGUAAGACGUCUCCAAGGUCAAACUUGAAGUUCCACUUUGACAAAAUGAGCCACUCAGCCACAACUUCUGAGUAGCUUUGUGGGACGGAAAUACAGACGCACACAACAAAGGGACAACGCGAACUGACGGAGCUGCAAAAUAAAAAAAAAAAAAAAA